UGUAUAAAAAAGCCUUUUCCAUCAACAGGAAGGCAUCUUUGCUUUCUCCUCUUCUCUUUCCACUCAUGGCUUCCGUCGUUGCCGUCGCCCUCCUCCUCUUGAUCUCUGGCCUCGCGGCCAGCGUCGCCGUCCCCGAUCUGGACGUCCUCACCCUCGCCGAGCAAGAUCGGGCCGUGACCGGCCGCAGCGAGGAGGAGGUGAGACUGCUCUACCUUGAGUGGAGGGCGAAGCAUCGCCCCAUCCAGAACGCCCUCGAUCUGGACGACGACCGCUUCGAGGUCUUCAAGGACAACCUCAGGUUUGUGGACGAGCACAACGCGGCGGCCGACCGCGGGGAGCACUCCUUUCGGCUCGCGAUGAACCGGUUCGCCGACCUCACCAACGAGGAGUACCGAGCAAGGUAUCUCGGGAACUUCUCCCGGCGGAGGAGGCCCGCUGGCGGGGAAAGCAACGGUCGGUAUCAGCUGAGAGAAGGGGACUCUCUUCCCGAUUCCAUCGACUGGAGAGAGAAGGGCGCUGUUGUUGCCGUUAAGGAUCAGGGCAGCUGCGGUAGCUGCUGGGCAUUCUCAACAAUUGCUGCCGUGGAAGGCAUUAACCAAAUUGUCACGGGUGACCUGAUUUCGCUGUCGGAACAGGAAUUGGUUGACUGCGAUACCUCAUACAACCAGGGCUGCAAUGGUGGACUCAUGGAUUAUGCGUUUGAGUUCAUCAUAAACAAUGGCGGCAUCGACAGUGAUGAGGAUUACCCGUACAAGGCUCAAGAUUCAACUUGUGACACUUACAGGAAAAAUGCUCAUGUUGUGACAAUUGACUCUUAUGAAGAUGUUCCUGUCAAUGAUGAGAAGUCUCUCCAAAAGGCUGUGGCGAAUCAACCAGUUAGUGUUGCUAUUGAAGCUGGUGGCAGAGUUUUCCAGUUGUAUGAUUCGGGAAUAUUCACCGGAUACUGUGGAACUUCACUAGAUCACGGUGUGACCGCCGUCGGUUACGACACUGAGGAUGGCAAGGACUACUGGAUUGUGAAGAACUCAUGGGGUGGCAGUUGGGGAGAGUCUGGGUACAUUAGAAUGGAACGGAACAUCGAGUCCGCCACCGGCAAAUGUGGUAUCGCAAUGGAAGCUUCGUACCCAAUAAAGGUAGGUGCCAAUCCACCCAACCCCGGCCCGUCUCCGCCUUCCCCUGUAAAACCUCCCACUGUCUGCGACAACUACUACACCUGCCCUGAAAGCACCACAUGCUGCUGCGUCUACGAGUAUGGCAAAUACUGCUUCGCUUGGGGAUGUUGCCCGCUCGAGGAUGCUACCUGCUGCGACGAUCACUACAGCUGCUGCCCUCAUGACUACCCUAUCUGCAGCAUCAGCGACGGAACUUGCCUAAUGAGCAAGAACAGUCCUCUCCGGGUGAAGGCUUCCAAGCGCACUCCAGCUGUUCCCUACUGGGCGUCGACUGGUUCAGAGGUUCUGAAGAGCAGUGCAUGAGGCUGGAGACGUUUGGUUCCGACAUGAACAUCGAUAUUUAUCGACGAUUAAGAAUGCUCUUGUACAUGUAUAUUCUAUAAAGCUCCAAGAUCAUGGACUAAUUAGAUCUUGGAUUUAAGUAGGUUAUGAUGCACCUCCAUUGCCUUGUAACUUAUUUGUAAUGAAACGAAGAUUUGUCUAUAUUGUUCGUUUGAUCA